UUCGUGUUCAUUUUAUUAUUCAAUUCAUUAAAAUAAGUUCCUAUGAUAUCACAACAAAGAAAAUUGAACAAAAAAGAAACACAAAAAUCAAUCUUAUUCUUCCUUCAAUUUUUUUAGCUUCCACUAUCUCAUAAAGAAGAUUCUCUUCCACUUCACACUAAUUUUCUUUCCUUUUUGAUACAUGAAUUUUCCUCAUAGAAUUAUAAUAACAUAUAGAACAAUUGAACUAUCAUUAAUGUCAGAACAAGAUUCUGAUUCAUGGAGUUUCUUGUUCUUCUGUCUUUUGAUCCUUUUCUCAGGUAAACUAGUUGUUGGUGAUUCAUUGGAAACUGAUAAACAAGUACUAUUGAAGUUAAAAUCCUAUUUGCAGAAUCAAACAGUUUCAAAUAGAGGAGAUUACAUAAGAUGGAACAUGAACAAUUCAAAUCCUUGUGAUUGGUCAGGGAUAUCAUGCAGCAUGAUCACAGGAAAAACAAGGGUUGUGAGUGUUGAUAUCUCAGCGAGCGAGGUUGCAGGUAAGAUGUUUGAUCAUUUUUCUCAGUUAAGCGAACUUACGCAUCUUGAUGUCUCGUGGAACACUCUCUGUGGAGAGAUUCCUGAGGAUUUAAGGAAGUGUGGUAAUCUUGUGUAUCUCAAUUUAUCUCAUAAUAUUCUCCAUGGAGAGAUGAAUUUGACGGGUUUGAGAAAGUUGAGAACAUUGGAUUUGUCGACGAAUAGACUUCAAGGGGAGCUUUCGUUGAGUUUUCGUGAUCAUUGCGAUAGUUUGGUUAGUUUGAAUGUUUCGGAUAAUCACUUUUUUGGUAGGAUUGAUGAGUGUUUUGAUAAAUGUUCAAGGUUGAAGUAUUUGGAUUUGAGUACGAAUAAUAUAAGUGGUGCUUUAUGGAAUGGGAUUUCGAGGUUGACACAGUUUUCUGUUUCGGAGAAUUUUCUAACUGGGAAUGUUCCUUCUCAUGCCUUUCCUAUGAAUUGUAGUCUUGAAAAAUUGGAUCUUUCUGUCAACGGAUUUUUCGGGAAACCGCCUAAGGAAGUUGCUAACUGUAAGAAUUUAGAGAUUCUCAAUCUUUCUAGUAACAAAUUUAGCGGUGAAAUACCUCGUGAAAUUGGUUCGAUUUCUGGUCUCAAAUCACUUUUCUUGCAGAAUAACACGUUUUCAAGAGAUAUUCCGGAUACACUUUUGAAUUUGACAAAUUUGUAUAUUUUGGAUGUAAGCAGGAACAAAUUUGGUGGUGAGGUACAAGACAUUUUCGGUAAAUUCAAGCAAUUGAGGUUUCUUUUGUUGCAUGCAAAUUCUUAUGUAAAAGGAUUGAAUGAAUCAGGAAUCUUCACAUUGAGUAAUCUUACAAGAUUAGACUUAAGUUUCAACGACUUUUCAGGUCCAUUACCAGCCGAAAUCUCUCAAAUGUCUGGUCUCAUAUUCUUAUCGUUAAGCCACAACAACUUUAAUGGAACUAUUCCGUCUGAAUUAGAGAAGUUGAGUAAAUUGCAAGCACUUGAACUUGCUUUCAAUAGUUUCAACGGACCAAUUCCAGGAAGCUUAGGAAAGUUGAAUUCUCUCUUGUGGUUAAUGCUUGCCAACAAUUCGCUAACAGGUCAAAUCCCGCACGAGUUAGGUAACUGUUCAAGUUUGUUAUGGUUGAACCUUGCAAACAACAAACUCACUGGAAAAUUUCCUUCUGAGUUGACCAGAAUCGGAAGAAAUGCUAUGGAGACAUUUGAAUUAAACCAUAAGAACAUGGUUGGUGUUGUUGCUGGAAAUAGCGAGUGUUUAUCGAUGAAAAGUUGGAUACCUGCUGAUUAUCCUCCAUUCAGUUUUGUGUAUAGUAUCUUAACACGGAAAAAUUGUAGAGCCCUUUGGGAUAGAUUACUCAAAGGAUAUGGAAUUUUUCCCAUGUGUGCAUCAGAACCUUCUACUAGAUCAUCUCAUAAAUUUGGUUAUGUUCAGUUAAGUGGUAACAUGAUUAGUGGUGAAAUUCCUUCAGAAAUUGGGAGCAUGCUGAAUUUCAGCAUGUUGCAUUUAGGUGACAACAGAUUCAAUGGCGAAUUCCCGAAAGAGAUUGGUGGUUUGCCACUUAUAGUCUUGAACAUGACUAGGAACAAGUUUUCAGGUGAAAUUCCAGAGGAAAUCGGUAACAUGAAGUGCAUGCAGAAUCUUGAUUUGUCCUGGAACAAUUUCUCAGGUGCAUUUCCAACAAGUUUGGUUAAAUUGGAUGAGCUUAGCAGGUUCAAUAUCUCAUAUAAUCCUUUGUUAUCUGGUACAGUACCUCUAAACGGACAUUUGCUUACUUUUGAUAAAGAUUCGUAUUUAGGCGAUACCCUCUUAGACCUUCCAAAAUUCUUUGAUAAUAAUACUCCAGAUGGAAAAAACAAAACAUUACAUAUACAUAUGAAAAAAGCAACAAAAUGGUAUUUUUGUGUUGCUCUAACACUAGCUAUUUUGGUUUCCGGACUUCUUUUUCUAACUGUCUAUUUCUUGGUGAAAAGUCCGUCUGAGGAACAAGGAAAGUUUCUGAAUGAUAAAAACCGAAAGCAUAAUGGUUCAGGUAGCUAUGGAUCGUCACAAUGGUUAUCUGAUACCGUCAAGAUAUUCCAUUUGAACAAUGUAGUUUUCACGCAUGCCGACAUUUUGGAAGCAACAAGCAACUUCAAAGAAGAGAGAAUCAUAGGAAAAGGCGGUUUCGGAACGGUCUACAGAGGAGUUUUUCCUGAUGGAAGAGUAGUGGCAGUGAAGAAGCUACAAAGAGAAGGAACUGAAGGCGAGAAAGAAUUCAAAGCUGAAAUGAAAGUCCUCAGUGGUCAAGAAUUCGGUUGGCCUCAUCCAAAUCUUGUCACACUUUAUGGUUGGUGCUUAUACGGUUCACAGAAGUUACUAGUUUACGAGUACAUAGGAGGCGGAAGUUUGGAAGAACUAGUAACCGAUACAAAAAACUUGACUUAUAAAAGGCGGUUAGAAGUCGCGAUUGAUGUGGCUAAGGCAUUACUUUAUCUACACCAUGAAUGUCACCCUCCAAUCGUGCAUAGAGACGUGAAGGCUAGUAAUGUGUUGCUUGACAAAGAAGGUAAAGCGAAAGUAACAGAUUUCGGGCUUGCUAGAGUCGUCGAUGUCGGUGAUAGCCAUGUGAGUACGAUUGUUGCAGGAACUGUCGGAUAUGUUGCACCGGAAUACGGGCAAACAUGGCAAGCUACAACAAAAGGUGACGUGUAUAGUUUCGGCGUGUUGAUCAUGGAGUUAGCGACCGGGAGAAGAGCUGUGGAUGGAGGUGACGAAUGUUUGGUUGAAUGUGUUAGGCGUGUGAUUGGUUCAGGUAGAAAUGGAUUGAGUCAUUUUGGGCUGGUUGGUAGUGCAAAAGAGAUGUUUGAGUUGCUUUUUGUUGGAGUGAAGUGCACAAAUGACUCACCACAAAAUAGGCCUAACAUGAAAGAGGUUCUAGCUAUGUUGAUUAAGAUAUUCAAUUCUCAUAGAAAUUCAAACUAUUGAAGCUUCAACUCAUACUGUUUUCAUAUGUUUUUUUUCCCUUUUUAUUAAUAGGAAAGUAUAUGACAUAGUUUUAAUUCUUUUGAUAAAAUAAUGUUGAUAUCAUAGUGUAACUUGCAAUACAGUAUACAUAGAAUAACAGAGACCUUGCACAGUUCUUUCUUCCGUUGUGUAAAGAAACUUCAUCAUUCAUUUUGAAGAAGUUGCUCAAUUUUGUUCUUUAA